AUUACAGUCUCUCAGAGUGAGACAGUCAUAGAGAGAGCCGGGAGAGCGCAGCACAGAUCCUCACACUCUCUCCUUCAUUCUGCUGCAGACGAAGCUGCGAUGGAAACGCCAGGGAACCGGAAGAGCAACCGGGGCCACUCGUCUACCCCGCUGUCACCUACCCGCAUCACCCGCCUACAGGAGAAGGAAGACCUGCAGGAGCUCAAUGACCGGCUGGCUACCUACAUCGACAAGGUGCGCUCCCUGGAGUCGGAGAACGCGGGGCUGCGGCUGAGGAUCACCGAGUCUGAGGAGGUGGUGAGCCGCGAGGUGUCCAGCAUCAAGUCUGCCUAUGAGACUGAGCUUGCCGACGCACGCAAGACGCUAGAUUCUGUGGCCAAAGAGAGGGCUCGACUCCAGCUGGAACUGAGCAAGAUCCGGGAGGAGCAGAACGAGCUGAAGGCACGAAACAAGAAGAAGGAGGCCGAUCUGCUGGCGGCUCAGGCUCGGCUGAAGGACUUGGAGGCGCUACUGAACUCCAAGGAUGCGGCGUUGUCCACUGCUCUGGGGGAGAAGAGGAACUUGGAGGCCGAAAUGCGGGAGCUCAAAGGACAACUCGCUAAGUUGGAAGGAAGCCUUGCGGAUGCCAAGAAGCAGCUUCAGGAUGAAAUGCUGCGCCGCGUUGACGCCGAAAACCGUAACCAGACCCUGAGAGAAGAGUUGGAAUUUCAGAAGAACAUCUACGGUGAGGAACUGCGGGAGUCCAAGAGACGGCACGAAACGCGCCUGGUGGAGAUCGACAGCGGCCGCCAGCGUGAGUUUGAAAGCAAACUGUCCGAUGCUCUGCUAGACCUCCGUGCCCAACACGAGGGACAGAUCUCCCUGUAUAAGGAGGAGCUGGAGAAGACGUACAACGCUAAGCUAGAGAACGCGAAGUCGUCGGCAGAGAGGAACAGCUCGAUGGUGGGUGAAGCUCAUGAGGAGAUCCAGCAGAGCAGGAUACGGAUAGACAGUCUUAGCUCUCAGCUCAGUCAGCUGCAGAAGCAGCUUGCCGCUAAGGAGGCAAAACUACGGGACGUGGAGGACGCCCUGACCCGGGAAAGAGAUAUGAACCGUCGGGCGUUGGCAGAGAAGGACCGGGAGAUGGCGGAGAUGAGGGCUCGUAUGCAGCAACAGCUGGAUGAAUACCAGGAACUGCUGGACGUCAAGCUGGCACUGGACAUGGAGAUCAAUGCCUACCGCAAACUCCUGGAGGGAGAGGAGGAGAGGCUUCGGCUGUCACCCAGCCCUACUGGGCAGAAGCGGACCUCAAGGACGGCACAAUCCGGGGCGCAAGUCUCCUCCACAUCCAAGAAGAGGAGACUGGAGGAAGAGACCAAGAUCACCAGUUACAACCAGCACGCCAGGACCAGCGGCAAAGUGGGCGUAGAGGAGGUCGAUCUGGAGGGAAAAUUUGUGCGUCUGAAGAACAAGUCCAGCGAGGACCAGUCGCUGGGGAACUGGCAGAUAAAGCGUCAGAUCGGAGAUGACAAGCCCAUCAUUUUCCGCUUCCCCCCCAGGACCUUGCUGAAGGCGGGCCAGACCCUGACGGUCUGGGCUUCUGGGGCCGGCGUUCCUCACAACCCUCCCACUGAUUUAGUCUUGAAGUCUCAUACGUCCUGGGGGACAGGAGACAGUAUCCGCACCGCCCUGCUGACCUCCAGUAAUGAGGAAGUCGCCAUGCGUAAGCUUGUCCGCGCAGUGGUAAAUGAUGAGGAUGAUGACGAGGAUGAUGAGGGCGCUGAGCACCACCACCACCACCAUCAUGAUGGGCACAACUCCACCGGAGACCCCAGCGAGUACAACCUCCGCUCCCGCAACAUCACCUGCACUACCUGUGGGCAGCCAGCCGAAAAGGGGUUAGGGGGCGCCCAGGGCGCGGGCACCUCCUCCUCCUCCAGUUCUUACACUACCGUCACCCGUACCUUCCGUAGUGGCGGGGGAACUGGCGGGGGCAGCACCCUGGGUGAGAGCCUGACACCCCGAUCCUUCAUUGUGGGAAACAACCAACGUGCCAAGGUGUCCCCGGAGGGCUGCGGUAUCAUGUAAGGACGCCCGCAUCGCGUGAGAAGUCGGUGGCGGCUCCGUUUUCUUCCUGUGGGAUGUUUUUGUUACAUUUUUUACAUCAGGUAUUUUAUAUCGAAGGAGAAUUUUUGUUUUCGGAUGGCAGCCAUUUUUUUUUUUUAUGAAACCAAAGCUAAAUCCACUGCGGACGCCCCGUGGCACCAGCACCGGGCCCCUGCUGAAGCUCCUCCUCCCUGUGACUUUGCACUGUGAUGCCGCUGGUGCUGAACCCUGAACGGUUUCAGAUUUAAAGGGUUUUCAACAGUUUUUUUUUUUUUUGCGCUUUUUUUUUUUUUAUCCGUUCAGUACUCCUAUAUAUCGAUGAGUAAGAAAAGGAACGCCCCCGCACACAAUAUGGCGUUUACAAGAUGGAGGCCGUACAUCGCAAUACCAAAGAGGAGGCUCUUCCCGCCGCGCUACGUUUACAUGACCACACCGACCACUUUUAUCAGGAGGAGAUUCGCCAAAUUCCUCUUCAGCCUUAGGAACUGCGAUCCGCCAGUUUUCAUAAGUUCUCACGCCCCUGGUACUUUAGUGAUCUUAAGGGGGGCAGACGCCAUUUUGUUGUAGUCCUGUCAUUGUCGCUAAUUGUACAUUGACCUGAGAUAUUUGCACUCCGUCUACCAUAGUACUGGUAGCAAUAAAAUGGGGGAGGAGUCUAUUUUGCGCCAGAUUGUAGGAUAUAUUUUAUAAAAGGGGGUGAGGAUUAACAUAUUGGGGGGUCCAGAGUUGGGGCAGGGGUGAUACCCACAACUGAACACUAGACUCCACCACUUUAUUACUUUUUUUUUUUUUUUUCUGUUGGGGCCCUAACUCAGGGGGUCAUCAUCCGGGGCCACACAUUUGGAUCCAUUGGAUAGAGAGUAAUGCAGAGGGUCUGUCCGCUAUCUUGCUUUAUUUUUUAUAACGCUUGCAUUCCGUAGUUAUCCGCGUAGCCGCCUCCAUACCAGUGCAUGCUGCUGUGUCUAUAUAUAUAUAUAUAUAUCGUACGCUCGGUUUGUUAUUUCGGGGCAGAUCUGAGAUUUUUUUAUUUUAUUUACUCCAUAUUAUUAUUUUUUUAAAACAACAGUUUUAAAGGGAUACCACGUAUAUAUUAAGCUCCGCCCCUUUGGGUGGGCAGGGUGUUCCCUUUAAACUGGCCUUCCGUAAUCCACUUUAGCCUGCGUACCGGACGUCCUGUUCAUGUUCUAUAAAGCACAUAUACCCCGGGGUGAAACGCGCGGAGGUGAAAAAUUAUGGUAUAUGAAGAGUUAAUCCCAGCACCGGGGUCUGUAUCAUGGAGUCCUGUAUGUGAUUCUGUAUUGGAGGAGGUCCGAUCGUGGAGGAGAAUGAUGUCCAGAUUGUUGUUCAAGUGCCUUAGAGGAGCCCCCGAAGCUUUUGAAGUGCCUUCCCCCAUCCCCCGCCAGCCUUAAAUUUCUGUGCAAUUUUGAAAUAAAAGCCAAUGAUCCAGA